AUGCCACUGGCACAGGUGCCGCAGGUGCUCAGGUGUUGGAACUCGGGGAACAGAGCGUGCAGUGGCAACACACUGGGAGACGCGUACAAGGUGGCGUCGCUUUGUCAGGCCCAACGCGUGGAGAGGGCCGAGUUUGGGCGGCGUGAGGAAGAGGAGGAGCGCUCGCGUCCCGCGGAGUGGCUCCGAGCCGCGCGCCGCUCACAGCUGCACUCCCUCGCCCUGAUCCUUCGUCUUUUACAGAACAACUUACGUGCGACGGGUGUUCGCGUACACCAAAACGUGGCGUCGUUCGCAAUCCGCGACUCGGUCGACGACGCUGCGUCCCUCAACCAAAAGAAGGGCACGUCUCCGACGGGGGACUCCGUCUCGACGCUGUCCUUCGUGGACGUCGCGCGGAGCGCAGAGGCGUCUCUCACGCGCCGCCGUGGCAACGACGACUUCGUUUGUGAGGAGGCAGUUUGUGAGGAGGCAGUUUGUGAGGAGGCAGUUUGUGAGGAGGCAGUUUGUGAGAAGGCAGUUUGUGAGAAGGCAGUUUGUGAGGGGGCAGUUUGUGAGGAGGCAGUUUGUGAGGGGGCAGUUUGUGAGGAGGCAGUUUGUGAGGGGGCAGUUUGUGAGGAGGCAGUUUGUGAGGAGGCAGUUUGUGAGGAGGCAGUUUGUGAGGAGGCAGUUUGUGAGGGGGCAGUUUGUGAGGAGGCAGUUUGUGAGGGGGCAGUUUGUGAGGAGGCAGUUUGUGAGGGGGCAGUUUGUGAGAAGGUAGUUUGUGAGGGGGCAGUUUGUGAGGAGGCAGUUUGUGACGGGGCAGUUUGUGAGAAGGCAGUUUGUGAGGGGGCAGUUUGUGAGGAGGCAGUUUGUGAGGAGGCAGUUUGUGAGGGGGCAGUUUGUGAGGGGGCAGUUUGUGAGGAGGCAGUUUGUGAGGAGGCAGUUUGUGAGGGGGCAGUUUGUGAGGGGGCAGUUUGUGAGGGGGCAGUUUGUGAGGGGGCAGUUUGUGAGGAGGCAGUUUGUGAGGAGGCAGUUUGUGAGGGGGCAGUUUGUGAGGGGGCAGUUUGUGAGGGGGCAGUUUGUGAGGAGGCAGUUUGUGAGGAGGCAGUUUGUGAGGGGGCAGUUUGUGAGGGGGCAGUUUGUGAGGAGGCAGUUUGUGAGGAGGCAGUUUGUGAGGAGGCAGUUUGUGAGGAGGCAGUUUGUGAGGAGGCAGUUUCUGAGGGGGCAGUUUGUGAGGGGGCAGUUUGUGAGGAGGCAGUUUGUGAGGAGGCAGUUUGUGAGGAGGCAGUUUGUGAGGAGGCAGUUUGUGAGGGGGCAGUUUGUGAGGGGGCAGUUUGUGAGAAGGCUGUGCAACUGCACCAGAGCCCACGGACUUGA